UUUUCUAAAUAGUCAUUAACAACAGUUACACCUUAGUACAACAAACUUGAGUUCAAAUUUGUAAAUAAUUAUAGGAAAAAAACCCUCAACAAAUAUUAAAAUUUAUUAAGAUUUCUUAUAUUUUUAUAAAAAAUACAUAUAAAACUAAUCUUAUAUUAUUAAAAACUCUAAAAAGAAUUGAAAUCAACUGCGACAAACAUGGCUCAACCUGCUCAACCUUCUCAACCUGCUGCUGACAACGCUGAAAAGAAAGACGAAGAGGUUCAAGUUCCCAAAAGUGAAGAUUUUUUCGAUUCGAAAACCUUUCGUUUAAUUACAUUGGCUUUGUAUAUGGGCGGCGUGAGUGGUUUGGGCAUGACUUUGGCCAUGUAUUAUUUAUUUAUAUGGGAUUCCAGUAUGCCUCCGCUGCCAGAAUUCAAACAUACACAUCACAUGGGUUAACGCAAUAUUUAACCAA